CCGGAUGUCUGGAAGGCGCGCGUAGCCAGCAGACUCAGGAACGCGCCGCAGAGACCCCUGGGAGAGACCGACCGCGCCGGACCGCGCAGGCGCGCACGGCUCGCCAGUGGUCGAAGGUGCAAAGUCUCCAGCUCGAAUGGAUUGGGAGCUGGGAAAGAGAUAUCAGAGUUCAAAGGACAGAAGGAGGCCAGCGUAGCUGGUAGCUCUGUAAUUUAGGAUAUCUUCUCUUAUUUCCCAAGAGAAGCUGCUUCUGGACCCUCCAGAUACACUUCCGUUCUCAUGUGUUCAGCUCUUCUCCAGCCGCAGCCUCCUGUUCCUCGGGACAUGCAGGGCCCACUUGUCUGGGUGGCUCUUGUUUGUCCCAGGAGUCCUCUUGGGUAGGAUCCAACACAACCCAAGCAGCCACCACCCUUGGGGGCUUCAUCUAGUGUUAAGGAACUACCCUACUUUCCUGAAGAGGAGCCCAGAUCUCAAAACCAUGGCUCAGGGAUCCCUGUCACUCAAGGAUGUGACUGUGGACUUCAGUCAAGAGGAGUGGCAGCAGCUGGAUCCUGCUCAGAAGACCCUGUGUAUGGAUGUGAUGUUGGAAAACUAUGGCCACCUCAUUUCCAUAGGGUGUGACGUGUCUAAACCCGAUGUCAUCCUCAGAUUGGAGAGAGGGGAAGAACCAUGGACAUCAUUUGCGGGUCAUGUCUGCUUAGAAGAAAACUGGAGAUCAAGUGAGUUUUUAAUGAAAUUCAAGGAACACCAAGAUAAGUAUUCUAGAUCAUUUGUAUAUAUUAACUAUAAAGAACUAACUAAAAAGAAGAGUAAUAUAUAUCAAAAGACAUUUACCCUAGUGAACAGUCCUAUUAAUUCCAAAGAUCUACCUCCUGAAUAUGACACUCAUGGAAAUAUUUUAGAAAAUGUUUCAGAAUUAAUUAACAGUAAUCUAAGUCCUUCAAGAAAGAGAUUUAAUGAGUAUGAUGGAUAUUUGAAAUCAUGCCCAAAUUCCAUGCAAGACAUGGGACAUCCUGAAAUCAAGUUCCAUACUCAAAAUGCCAAGGCUUGUAGUCACAGUGAUGUACUGGUACAACAUGAGAAAAUAGGAACUCCAGCACAGUCAUUUGGAUAUAAUGACUAUGAGAAGCCACUUUUUAGGAAGGGAAGCUCAAAUACACAAAAUAGAGCAUACAGAGGGGAAAGUCCAUCCAUAUAUAACAAAAAGAAAAGAGCAACAAAUACUGAAAAAAAUCAUAUAUGCACAGAAUGUGGGAAGUCCUUCUGCAGGAAGUCAGUGUUGAUUCUGCAUCUGGCGAUUCACACAGAGGAAAAGCCUUAUCAGUGUCAUCAGUGUGGAAAUGCCUUUAGAAGGAGGUCGUAUCUCAUUGACCAUCAGAGAACUCACACGGGAGAAAAACCCUUUGUUUGUAAUGAGUGUGGUAAGUCCUUCCGCCUAAAGACAGCCCUCACUGAUCACCAGAGAACACACACAGGCGAGAAGUCAUAUGAAUGUCCACAGUGUAAGAAGGCCUUCAGAUUGAAGCCCCACCUUAUUCGUCAUCAGAGAACUCACACGGGAGAAAAGCCGUAUGAGUGUCAUGACUGUGGGAAGUCUUUCCGUCAAAAGACAACGCUCUCCCUCCAUCAGAGAAUUCAUACGGGCGAGAAACCCUAUAUUUGUAAAGAAUGUGGCAAAUCUUUCCACCAGAAAGCAAACCUCACUGUCCACCAGAGGACUCAUACAGGGGAGAAGCCCUAUAUUUGUAAGGAAUGUGGGAAAUCAUUCUCCCAGAAGACAACCCUUGCUCUUCAUGAGAAAACUCACAACGAGGAGAAACCCUAUAUGUGUAACGAAUGUGGAAAGUCCUUCCGCCAGAAAACAACUCUUGUGGCCCAUCAGAGGACGCAUACAGGGGAGAAGUCUUAUGAAUGUCCUCGUUGUGGGAAGGCCUUUAGAAUGAAGUCCUACCUCAUUGAUCAUCACAGAACUCACACAGGAGAAAAACCCUAUGAAUGUAACGAGUGUGGGAAAUCAUUCAGUCAAAAAACAAAUCUCAAUCUACACCAGAGGAUUCAUACUGGGGAGAAACCCUAUGUUUGUAAUGAGUGUGGGAAGUCCUUUCGCCAAAAAGCAACCCUCACUGUACAUCAGAAAAUACAUACAGGACAGAAGUCUUAUGAGUGUCCUCAGUGUGGGAAAGCUUUUAGCAGGAAGUCCUACCUCAUUCAUCAUCAAAGAACUCAUACAGGAGAGAAACCCUAUAAAUGCAAUGAAUGUGGAAAGUGCUUCCGUCAAAAAACAAAUCUCAUUGUUCAUCAAAGAACUCACACAGGUGAGAAACCCUAUGUGUGUAAGGGCUGUGGCAAGUCCUUUAGUUAUAAGAGAAACCUCAUUGUCCAUCAAGGGGUUCAUAGAGAAAAUAUGGAAAUAGAAUAAAAGAAAGUGAUGUCUUUGUAAAGUCUUUCCAAUUAUUGUAAACCUGCAGUUUCAAAAAGAAAACCAUGCUUACAUAUAUCAUAGUAGUUAUUAGAGUUCCCUGCCACAUUACUAUUUACUGCUCCCAAGCAUAGGAAAUAUUUAUGGCCAUUGUUGAACUGUGUCAGCUGUGAAGGUAAUUUGUAACUUUGAGACUGUUCUGCUGACUUUAAAUACUUUGUUAAAACGACUUCCAGUUGUGUGUGGCAGUGCACACUUAAGAGGUGCCAACCCUUUGGUGGCAAAGGCAACAGGUCAUAGUUUAGAGCAACCUGACCUACAUACCAGCUUUCAGGCCAGCCAGGGCUACAGGGGAGAAACCGUCUCAAAACAACAAAACUGUAGUACAUGUAGGAACACAUUGUGAAGUGGUUAUCAACAUUAAUUUCCACAAUACAAAUGAACCCUAAGUUUCAUUGUAUCCUAUGUGACUAAAAAAUAGGUGCUGCUUUCCCUGUAAGUGCAUUUGCAUAUAUUUUUCCUUGGGUUUUUUAAGACAGGAUUUCUCUGUAGCUCUGGCUGUUUUGGAACUCUAUAACUAGGCUGGCCUAGAACUCACAGAGAUGUGACUGCCUCCGUAUUCCUGAGUGCUGGGACUAAAGGCAUGCAUCACUACUGCUGGCUCAUAUUCUUAAACUUUAGGCAUGGUUUAUCAUACAUCUUGGAUUUUUUUUUAACAUUCUGCUUUGUUUCACAUUUUAAAGCUCAGUACAACCGCAUGUGUUAGUAGCACAUUAAUUUUUAAUAUUUCAUUUUAAGAAUAUAUUUCUAGCCGGGCGGUGGUAGUGCACACCUUUAAUCCCAGCACUUGGGAGGCAAAGCCAGGCAGAUCUCUGUGAGUUCAAGGCCAGCCUGGGCUACAGAGUGAGAUCCAGGAAAGGCCCAAAGCUACACAGAGAAACCCUGUCUCGAAAAACCAAA